AUGAUCUUAUGUAUCCAAAUCCCAAUUCAUUGUUAUAUAUUCUUAAAGAUUCUAUGUGUUCUAUUACUAUAUGAUAAUGUUGUUGUUUGGAAACAAUCCUUUGAACCAUAUCCUGUAUCUAUAUACUUUAAAUCCCAUACAUUUCAUGACUCUUAUGACUUUAAUGACUCUCCUAACUGUUAUGACUCUCAUGACUUUAAUGACUCUUAUAACUCUUAUGACUCUAAUGACUCUUAUGACUAUGACUCAUCUACCUUUAUUCCAAGAUUAUAUUUGAACUUUGAUCCAUAUUAUUAUACAUAUGUUUAUGAUGGUAAUAUGUGGGUUCUUAGGAAAGACUUGUCUCACUGUUAUUCCUUUAAACUAGAUCCAUCUAUGCAUCCCAAAGAUAUCACUAUUGUAACUGAAUCUGGUGGUUCUAAGGAAUCCACUACUGGUUCUGAGGAAUCCCCUUCUUCCUCUGCUGGUUACACAGUAUAUGAUCAUGGUGAUGGAAUAUACUUGUAUGAUUUUGGUAAUGCCAGAUGUUCAGAGGUUAUGUAUUGUGGCCAAACUGUUUCCAAGCGACAAUCUGGUGGUCCAUAUCCUAGAAGAAUUGUUUUUGAUACAGAAACUCUCACAUUUGAGUUUGAUUUCAAGAACAAGACUGCAGUCUAUAAACUCAAUGGAGGUUGGUACAUAUCUGAAGUUUAUGAUAAUUUAGAAUACUUUAAAUAUGAAUUUCCUGACUGGAUCUGCAAACAAUCUUAUCAUAGAUUUGGUUCCAAAUUGUCAAUGAAAAAUCUGAAAAUCUUGACCUCUGACGAAAGUGAUGGUUCAGGUGCCAAACCCAUAAAUGUCCACAGCUCCAUGCUACUUUAUGAGAAAUGGCAAUUUGGCUAUUACUAUCCCGUCCAUACAUUAUAUCUUGAACUAAGAUACAAGAAUCAAGUACUUUUCAAGAGCACUGAGUAUCCAUAUAGAGGAAGACCAAGGAUAGUUCUAUUUGAUGAAAAUAAUAAUACUAUAUGGGUUUUCUUCAGUUCAGGAUUCAGUUUCUCAUUAAACUAUAUAGAUCAUUCUGAUGAAACAGUUCUUAAGGCUGAACCUUCUACUCACACAGAGCCAGUUGUUGAGUCCAAGACUGAACCUUCAAACCUAGUUGUUGAACCCAUUGUUAUUCAUUCUAAAACUACCUCUGUAACACCUCCUAACAUUCUCGAACGAAGGUCUCUGUUGAUAUCAAUGCUACUCAAGGUAUCUUAUCCCCAAUCUGUCAUCUGGGAAUCCACCAAUAAUGUAUGUAUUACAGUGGUCAAGAUUAAGACUACCAAGAAUGUUAAAUAUCUUGCACUUCUGUUGGAUAAUAAUAUGUUCUUAUUACUUAAUCAGAACAAUGACAAGUGGACUAAUCUCAGUAAUACCAAACGCGAUAUCAAGAAAUUCAAGUUCCUUGAUGAUAAUGAUUCUGAGCUUACCAUGUCUGAAUAUAUAGUUUCCUUGGUAGAUUUUUCAUUUUGCUAUUCACUUCACAAUUGUGUCAUUUUCUAUAACAAUUGUUUCAGUACACUACAUGACGAUACUGAGUUUGGAAAUAUAUCAUUGUUUUCUUUCAGUCUUAUUUCAAACAGUUUCUAUGCACUUAAUGCUGAUUCUCAGCAAAAAACAAUUAAACCAAAAUCUGAAAUCAAGACUAAAGAACCAAAGAGAAACCGAAAUCUACUAAGUCACAAAGUCAGAGUGGAUCAUGAUCCCCAAAACCCCGUGAGCACCUGA